AUGGACCAAACCUUUAUCGCUCGGGUAUACCCGCGGAGCCGUGCAAACACCAGUCAUUUCUCCAUCUCCGACCUACGUGAACCACGCCCGCCAAUCCCUUUCAACCAAGAGCAGGUUCUUCUAACUCCGCAGUAUUCUUCGCCUCCCCGAGUUGCCAUCGGACUCACUGCUCUCGAUGUCAGUGCCAAUCAUGACUUGCGUAUCUGUGCCUACGUCGACCGGCUUGCGGAAGAUAGCUUUGUAGUUCACUUGGAUUCCUGGGGUUCUACUGAGCUGCUCGCAGCCAGUGCCACAUGGCUCGACGUCGCUGCAGAUGAUCCGCACUUUCAGGUCGGUAGCUUCGAUACAAUUGAGAUCCAGUCAUCAGAGCAGCCCGAGCAGGCAAUUUCGAAACGCAUCGACUUUGAACGCACCUUCGCAGACUCGCCCCCUAUUGUCCUAGUUUGGUUAAAUUCCGUCCAUGCCAACAAAAGCCACAACACACGUGUCAAGGUGUACACAUCGGACAUUGAUAAACAGGGCUUCACUAUCCACGUGGACACAUGGGGCGAUUCCAUCCUGUAUUCAGGGGGGGCUUCCUGGAUCGCCUACCCUGCUUCCAGGGCCGGUACGUUCUCUGGUGUAGUCGACAUCGAAGGGGAGCCGGGCUUGCAGUGCAAUGGUGAUGUUUCCUUCCCUAUCGCCUUUGCUGAGUCUCCUAAUGUUCUGUUGGCGGUGAACUGGAUCGACUUUGCUUGUCAAAAGGAGGUUGGGUUCAAGACGUUUGUUGAUUGUGCAUCAGAUAAGGGAUUUAAAUGGCACUUCAAUUUAUCUGAAGGUAGCCAUUGUUAUGGAGCCGGCGUCUCAUAUCUGGCUCUUGUCUAA